AUGCUGAAGUUCAAAAUAACUUGUCUGUUCCUCGUGGCAAUUGUGGCCAUCUUUGGAGUUUCAGCUGAGGAGUCUGCUGAUGGACCCGAAGAUGCACGUGUUCAUAGACACACAAGAGAAGCUUCAGCACAAGACUCUGCGGAUGGACCCGAAGAUGCAGGUAACUCUAGAGGUCGUGUCAAAGAUCCUGAAGAGUCCGAUUCCGAGACCCGUAUCAUCGGAGGUGAGAAGGCGGCAGACGGUGAAUUCCCCCACCAGGUAUCGCUGAGAAUAAAGAACCGAAAUAACGUCUGGCAACAUUUCUGUGGAGGCACUAUUAUAGCGGAGAGAUGGGUUCUGACAGCAGCACAUUGUACAGAACCUUAUAAACAGUAUAUUGAUAGAAUGAGAGCAGUAGUGGGCACAAAUAAGUUAGACAGUGGUGGUGACCAAUAUGAACUGGAAAAGAUCAUCGAACACGAGGAAUACAAUAAGUCAUCCCUCAUAUUUGAUAUCGGAGUUAUAAAGGUUAAGAAGGAUAUUCAGUUUGACGAGAAAGUCAAAAAAAUUUCUCUGCCAAGCUCAAACACACCGGCUGGCGUUGAGGCCUGA